AUGCGUAAUGAACAAAAUCUUAUCAAUGAAUCAUUGACUUCGAGAUCAUCCCUCACUCGUGUAUUGCAUGCAAGUGAUCACCAUCAACUGGUAAGCAACACAUCAUUUUUUUGUGGCUCCGAGUUACAAGAGGAGAACAAGAUCACCACAGAGCAUUUUAGUGAGUCGUGGAAUAUCAAACCUCCAUAA